AUGGAGCCACGUGUACUCAGGCUCAAACUCGCACUACAACAAGGUUCCAAUUUUCCUCAACCCUCUCCCUCUCCCACUACCAACACAUUUUCACUUUCACCCCUCUCUGACUCCGAAGAAAACCCACCUACCAACUGCCAAUGUGACAAAAAUGACACAAAAUCCGGCGAGCCUAGUGGCUGGAGUUUCCUUCAAACUCUCUCACAGGACAAAACAGAGGACCAAGUCUAUGUCCACCCCACAGUUAAACGUUCCUCCUCAAUUCUCAGUGAAAAAAGCUUAGAAAUGUGCACCGAAAGCCUCGGCAGCGAGACCGGUAGCAAUGCCAGUGAAAAUGGUGAUGACAUGUCCUUGUUUUCCUUUGACACCAACACUCGUUCCACCGAACAUACUACUACUACUACUGCUACUCAUGCAAAUUAUGAGUCUAAAAGAGUGAACCGCACUUGCAACUUGCCACCACCACUGACCACAAUCACUGAUUUUGGCGGUGUUCAUGUUCGACCUCAUCGCGAAGGUGGAAGGCUAGUAUUGGAAGCUGUAGCUUCUCCUUCCCCUCGUCCAUAUUUUCACAUAGAGCGCGGCGAUGGAAGGCUUAGGCUGUGUUUGCUUGAGAGCUUUUCGGCCUCGGAUAGUGAUGAUGAAGUUUGUGAUGCUGAGGAAGGUGUUGAUGAACAACAGGAAGAAGAAAAUGAAAGUGAGAAGAACAGAGGAGAAGAAGAAGAAAAGGAGUGUGGUGAAGAGGAUAUUGCUACUGGGGCAGAGGAGGAGGAGGAGGAAGAGUGUGUUGAGAACGUGGAGGAUGGGAUGGGAGUGAAAAAGUUGGCGAGACCAAGCAGGUGCAAGGAAAGUGGGAAAAGAGAUAUUUUUGGUGAUGCCUUGGCUAAUUUGAGCUUCCCUCGUUUUCUCUCUGUCUCCGAAUAG